AGCUAGCCCUCAAAUCCUUUGAAGAAGAAGAUCCUUGCGGAGAUAAGGAUGUUUAGUGGACGAUGGAGUUGGCGCUGGCCAGUUCGCAUAGUCUGGUGGAAGACAUGAGGACGAUCGAGGAAGGACCAGGCCACGUAGAACGGCAUGAGGAUCUGAUGGGAGGAAUGUAUCUCCUCGUCAACACGCUACUGCAGGAAAGCCUCGACCAGUCAGGCUCGUUAAACCCGGCAGGGAAUGUGGACGAAGUGUCCGAGAGCCAGGACGACGAGUUCGAGGAGGGGGAGAUUAAGGAGGCCUUUCGCGCAGAAGAGUAUGAUGGGAUUUACCUAGAGUUGGGGCUUCUCUUGUCUUGCGAGAUGCGACUAGGGGAUGCAAGCGAUAGGGCUCAGAGGAUGAUGCAGCGCUACUUAGUGCGAGACUGUCACCUUUUCGUAAGAAGAGACGUGGAAAAUCCCAGGAGAGUUGUCUGCGGUAGGAACCGCCAGAUUGACAUCGUAGCAACACUACAUUAUGGCAUUGCAGGAGAGCAUCAAGGGGUACAAGCCACGUAUGCCAAGAUAAGUGAGUUGUACUACUGGGAUGGGAUGAUGAACAUGGCCGGGAAAUUUUGUCGAUCCUGCGUACCCUGCCAGGAGAGAUCCCGUUUAAGGCAAGGAGAGCCGCUGCAUCCAAGGCUAAAGCGAGAGGUGGGGGCUGUAGUGCAUCUCGAUCUACUUUUCAUGCCGCUUGGGGAUCAGGGUUAUAACUACAUCUUCGAUGCGCGCGAUAACCUGUCUGGCUUCGUAGAUGGUCGUGCCAUUCGUACCAAGACUGGUUCAAUUUUGGUUAGCUGGAUCGAAGAGUACUACCUGCGUUAUCCUUUCGUCAGGGAGUUCGUAAUGGACAGGGGAUCGGAAUUUACUUGCCAGGAGAUGUAUGAGUUGUUAUCAAGUUUCUGGGAGCAUGCGAGGCGUAUAGGCUGGACCAUGGCCCAGGCAAUCGAGAGACUGAAGGGAGCAGGCAGGUUCGAGGAGCUCAUUGCCAGGAUUCGUAGGGAGGCGACGACGAGGCAGGAGGUGGAGGCGAGGAUGGAAGAGUUGCGACCCUCGCCUAUGGGACCAGAUGGCAGGCCGAUCCGUUUAGAGAUCGAAAAUGUGGCAGACUUCAUCCCUGCCUUCGAGUGGUUCAUGCAGGGGCAGGGUAUACCGAGAGAUAAUUGGAUGCAGACGCUACCACUCUGGACCAGGAAGGCGGAAAGGUCACUGGCUAGCCAAGUCAGAAGCAUGGCCCGGGACUGGGAGAGCUGCAGGGCACAUCUGAGAGAGGCCUUUCGACGGCCAGAGCCCCCUCAGCCCAGAGUUGAGAGGCGUCAGAGGAGUCAGAGGCAGAGGGACCCUGAGCCCAGGGAGGCGAGACCGUGUCGAGGAGGACGGAAGGCCCUAGCCAGGAGAGAGGAGGAGCSAGAGCCGGAGCCAGAGGCUGAGGAGCGAGGGGUGUACCCUGAGUGUGGGUUGGGACCAGUGGAGUUCCAUCGGUUUGCCGAGGGUGGAUUGAGGAGGUCGCCAUCACGCACACAGGAGGAGCCGCCAGCGUCUGAGGAGCCUUUGAGGGAGUYGRAGGYGMRUUUGGAUAUCUCUCAGUGGAGAGCGUCGCCUCGGGGUGAGGAGCUUGGAGAGCAGGCAGAGGAGGUGCCAYGAGAGGAGGUGCCACAGGAGGAGGUCCAGGAYACUCAGCGAAAGAGAGGGUUGGGCRAUGAGGAGAGACGUGCAGGGAAGGAAGWRAUAGAGGUUGGAGAGGACACGCCCCCUCAGACGCCAGCGGUGGGCUUGAGACUUGGAGAUGCACGUGGGAGCACGAGCCAGACAGGAGGGGAAUUGCAGAGAGAGGAGGCCCCAUUGCCUUCAUCAGAAAAGGCUCCUUCGCGAGAGGGGAGAGCAAAAAAGAGGAGAGAAAGGGCAGCUGUAAGGAGAGAAGCCUUGACCCUGAUUGACAGGCACCUAGCGGCUCAUGCCCUGGAGCACCCGGACUUGGAGGAGCCAGCACCUGCAGAGCCGCGCCAGGAGCCGUGCCAGCCCGAGAAGGAGGUGGAGGCAGAGAUCCCGAAGAGGGCGGAAGAAAGGUUGGAUCGCAAAAUCAAGUUCCUGGCCAAGACAACUUUUGACCGGUACUUGCAAUUGGAGAGCGAUCUGGCAAAGAAGAAGAUAAAGGAAGCAGGCCAUGGAGUACGCCUGGAGGCUAUGGAGGUGGAAAUCCAGGAACUCAGGGCAUUGGUGGCCAGCCAGGCAGCUAUCAUCGAGAGCCUGAGGCAGCGAUCUCAAGGAGAGGCGGACAAGCCAGAGAGCAGCCGACAGGGAGAGCAGAGGCAGCCAGGACAUGGGUUGCCCGGACAGCCAUCUGUAGCAGGGACUCGCCAGGAGACACCUAUGAGGAGAGUUAUCCUGGAGCCAGAGGACGCGAGAGCCCAGAGGGAGGCAGAGAGAGAGGCCUUCGAGUUCAGAGCCCCUACUGAGCUCGCGACGCUACCUAUAGCAGCGACGGGCCCAGUUAUACCUUUGGCAGUUGAGGAGGGGCUACCACCAUCCAGUAGUGAGUCAGCUCAGGGCUCGGCAGAGGGAUCUAUGGGCGUGCUUAUUGAGGCAGUGCACUCAAUGCAGGAAGAGGCCAGUUUGUUUUCGCCUGAGCAGAGGAUAGAGGAGUCUCUCGAGAGAGAGAUGAGGAUUGAGGCUGAGGGUGUCAUCGAGGGCGGGCUCCAGAGGUUGGGUACGCCUGAGUAUGGGCCAGAGGGGGUUGAGGACCGACCUGGACCGAGUACCCAGGAGGAGGAGACACGAGAGGAACCUUUGGAUAAGCCUCAGAGCCAUGAGUUGAGCAGGGAGGCCAGCGAAGCACCAUCAUCGUCGGGGUCACAGAGGGGAAAGAAGAGGCCCAGAUGGUGGUUCGAUACAUCCUGUUUCUUCUGUACCAAGGAGGGGCAUCGAGCCUUGCAGUGUCCUAAGUUCCUGAAGGACAAGGCCGAAGGGAAGGUUACAGAGGAAGGAGGCAGGAUGUACGAUAGACAGGGCAGGAGAGUAGAGAGAUCUGCAGACGGGGGUAGGGCUCAGCUAUAUAGGCAAAACCAGGAGGAGAUUAGUGAUCUGGACUGAGUUACCUAUAUGGUUGACAUGCUGCGUGUAGGACUAGA